UAUAUAUAGUUCGUGUAACUCAUAGUUAAAAAAGAAAGGACAAAAAAAGUGUAUCUUUUUGGUCUACUGAAAAUACAAAGACAAAGAAAGAUGUCUUAUUCCUCCUAUAGACUGGCACUUUAUUAGCUUAUGUAAACAAGACCCCCAAAGAAAUGUACUUGGUACUUUAUACAUUUUACUUGUGGGAUAGUUACACAGCAUUUAAAAAUCACUAUUGUGUCUCUUUGCCUUUUCUUUUUUUAUAGUUUAAUUAAACAUAUUUUCUCUUUUCCUUGCUUCUUUUUUCUUUCCUACUGUUGUAUGGAAUUAUUCAAUAUCACAAAAAAGACAAAGAGGAAAGAAAUUGAAUCGAUUUCGACGCCUAGUCUGCCUAGACAGUCUUCCAUUCAAAACGACAAAACUCCAGCAACUCCUUCUUCAGGUCCUUACUAUUCUUCAAGAUCCUCAUCUAUUUCUAACGAUGACUCUCAUCGCGGCAGUUUUAGUGGUGGCAGUAUGAGACCUGAUUCACGAAAUAAUUCAAUUGAUUAUGGCGGGUUUUCAGAGAACGAAGUACAAGAAAUGUUUGAAAAAAUGCUGACAAGAAGAGGUAUUCAUGAUGCAGCUGCUAGGUCGGUCAUGUUGGGAUUUCCCACAGAAAAAAAAUGGUUGAUGGUGUCACAAGAUAAGCAGGUAGAUUUAACAGCACCUACUCCUUCAUCCACUUCUUCAAAUACAACAAGCAGCACGAAUAAUUUAAACAACAGGGAAAGCAUGACUGCAAUUGGUCAAGCCGACAAAAAUUCCCCUGAUUUUUAUGUCGAAAAGUUUCUUGAACCUGAUAUGAAAGGAGUCACACCUCGAUUGAUUGCUCAUUUAGCUGUCAGCUUGAGAACAAUGCCUCUUAGCUGGGUGCGACAGUUUAUUGAACUGAAAGGUCUACAAAUCAUUACUAAUGUCAUUGGAGCAUUAAACAUGCGAGACGAAAAGACAGAAGCAGACCUUCAGAUGGAAGUUGAGAUCUUGAAAUGCUUCAAGUCACUCAUCAACAAUAGGUGGGGUGCUCGAGAAGUGAUUUCUCAUCCUCAAUGCAUUUAUCAUAUUGUACUGUCACUUGUAUCUCCGCCCAUUCAAACCAGAAAGCUUGUUUGUGAAAUCCUGGCUUUUGUAUGUCAUGUUGAUUUACCUAAAGGACAAGAGAUUGUACUCAAGGGCCUUGAUAAACUAAGUGAUCAUUUGGGCGAGUUUGGUCGGUUCGAUGCUUGGCUUAAGUUGCUGGAUGCUACCUUGGAUGGUAGAGGCAGAAUGGGCAGUCUUGUCGGUGCGAGUGAGGAAGUAAAGCGAUUUGUAGGCGCUGGCGCACCUGAUAGUCAGCUUGCUGAUUUUGCCUUAUCCAACAUGAUGUUGAUCAACUCGCUUGUCACCGUAAUUGAGGACGUAGAGGUGCGUGUUCAUCUUCGAAAUCAAAUGAAUGCAAGUGGAUUGGAAUCCAUCACUGGAAAAAUGCUGGAUUUCAACAAUGAACAGCUCAGGAGACAUAUCAAUAUCUAUCAACAAAUGAGUGAAAAUGACGUGGAUGAAAUCAUGGAAAUCUAUAACGAGACCAUCUUGACAAACAUGAAUGAUCCUCGCUCUUGCUUUGAAAGAAUCCUAGAAAGAGUAGAAGGAACACGUAGUUACAAUUUCUUUCUGAGUGCUUUACAACAUAUGCUUAUGAUUCAGGCUCAAGGAGAUGUGCAAGUCAGAUACUUUCAAAUUCUGGACAAAUUAAUUACACAAGUAGUCAUGGAUAGAAAGGGUUUAAAAAACGAAGAUAUCUCUGGCAAUAUGGGUUGGUCAGUGGAGAUGCUGAUUGACAAAUUUGCAGAGCAAGACCAACUAAAUGUCGCACUGCAAGAAGCAAAAGAGGCCAAACAAAUGUAUGAAAAAGCCAUUAAAGACAAACAAGAAUUGGAGACAGAAAUCAGUUUGAAAGGAGAUGGCUUGAUUGGUGUCUUGCGUAACAAAAACAAUUCAUUAGAGGACUUGCUGCGUAUGUCCCGUAAAACUAUCGCUACACUUCAAAGGAAAUUAAAAGAAACUCAACAGAAAUAUGAAAUGAAUAUAGCAGCUUUAGAUCAGCAGUUGAAGGAAAUCCAUGCUACAGCAAUAGAUGCUAAUAAAAAGGAUGGUGUUGCCAAAGAUGCCCAAAACAGUCAGUUUGUUUUAGGACGAGAUGAAGUUACAAGAGUAUACGAUCGAUUAAGAGCACAAGCUAUCCUUGAAGGAAGGCCAGGACAACAAGAAGAGGACAAUAAAAUAAUUCCUCGAGCAGAAGGCUUGUCAGAAUCAUUCAAGUCAUCGUUGCAGGGUCAACUUGGCGGAAGUGGAGGUGGUCCAGCAGGACUCGUCAUACCAGGAACUGUUCCUUUGAUUGGCUCCACUCGUCGUAUACCCGUCAAUGGAGCAAAGAAGACUUGGUUAGAUGAUGCUGCUACUACCGAACUUCUAGAUGAAAAGAAAGAUGGCAUCAAAAUGAACGCAGAGUUUAAAGAACAAUUGAAUGAAUUGUUAAGAGAUGAUGAUAUUACAGAUUCUAUAUUAGACGACUACACAGACAAACCAAUAAGUGUAUUGGCAGCCGAGUUAGAGCACAAAUUGAGAAAACACAACAACCAACAUGUUAGCUUGCCACCUGCUGGUGGAUUAGCUACAACGAUCAACUCGAUAGAACAUGCACCAAUUGUUGAAGAUAAAAAGGUAUAUGAGGAUGAAGUACAAAAGGUUGCCCAAGAAAACAAUGUGUCCACUCGACCAGCUCCUCAACCUUCUCAGACAGACAUGAUUCUGAAUGAACCUCUCAAAGUAGAAGCAGUUGCAUCUAAUAUUCCUCCCCCUCCUCCAUUGCCGCCUAUUCAAGUAAUCUCUUCAGAUAAUACCAAUAUUCCCAUCCCCCCUCCUCCAUCACCUCCAGCUGUCAUAGACAACAAUACGUCUUUUUCAAAAACAGCAGCAGCAGCGCCGCCACCACCACCACCACCUCCUCCUCCUCCUCCUCCUCCAAUUGGGCUAUCAGCUCCUUCUGCAGGUGCUCCACCUCCUCCACCUCCUCCACCGCCACCUCCUCCUCAACCAAGUGUUGCAGAUGCUGGUGCUCCACCACCACCACCACCACCUCCUCCUCCAGGCGCUCCAGGCGCUCCACCACCACCACCUCCUCCUCCUCCAGGCGCUCCAGGCGCUCCACCACCACCACCUCCUCUUCCAGGCGCUCCAGGCGCUCCUCCUCCACCUGGAGCUCCUCUUGCUCCCAUGGGUCCUCCCCGCAAGAGAAUCCGUCAUCAACCCAACGUCAAGACGCGUGCUCUUCAAUGGACCAAGAUCCAAGCCAAUUUUGUCGGCAAAACAAUUUGGAGUACGGACGAGAUCGACGAAGAUGCUUUGGAAGAUGAGCUCGACACGAUGGGUAUCUUUAGUUCCAUUGAAACACUGUUUGCUCAAAAGGUGAUUGAACGCAAAAAGCGACCUACGAAAGAAAAGAAGCAAGAGAUUUGUAUUUUAGAUCCCAAGAAAGCAUACAAUAUUAAUAUUGCCAUCCUUUCCAAACUCAAGAAUCUUUCUUUCCCUGAAAUGGCAAAAGCUGUAUUAGCUGUGGAUGAUCAUAUCAUGACAGAGAACUUGUUGCUUAACAUGCAAACAAAUGUACCCACUGCAGAUGAACAAGGUAAACUGUCUGUAUUUGUUAAGAGUGCAUCGGAAGAAGAUUUAGAAAACCUAUCCAAGCCAGAUACUUUCUGCGUAGAGAUGAUGAAAAUCAAUCGUUACAAAGAAAGAAUUGACACCAUGUUGUUCCGUACAACAUUUACAGAAAGACAUCAACAACUUUCCAAAAAUAUGACAGCUGUUUUGGAAGCCUCUAUUGCUCUUAAAGAAUCCACCUCUUUCAAGGAACUGUUAAAGUUUAUCCUUGUUAUGGGUAACUUUAUGAACGGAAGCACUUUUCAAGGUGGCGCUUUUGGCAUUCGUAUCACAAGUAUCAAUAAGCUUGUUGACACAAAAGGUACAGAAGGCAAUACGACUUUGCUUCACUUUUUAGUUGACUCAGUUGAAUCUAAAUUCCCUCGUCUGCAUGGUUUCUUGAACGAUCUUCAAGAAAGUGGCAAUGCUUGUAGAGUUACACUGCAAGAUAUGGUCAAGGAUUACAACGAAAUUCGUACAGGUCUACAAAAACUUAUUCAAGAGUUAGAAAACCAUUAUCCAGAGGAUGAAGAACAACCUGAAGGAGACAACUAUGCUCAAGUCAUGAGAAACUUUAGAAAUGAAGCCAUUGAAAAGUUUGAAGAGCUUGAAGUUCGAUAUACAUCCAUGGAUGUGGCGUAUAAAGAUGUUGUUACUUAUUAUGGUGAAAAUCCUGAACAAAUGAAGCCUGAUGAGUUCUUUGGCAUCUUUAAGACAUUCACAUCAAGUUGGGAGCGUGCAAUGAAUGACAACGUCACUGCUAGAAAGAAGCUGGAGAGUAUGGAAAAGGCUAGACGUGUAGAAGAAGCUCGUAAGGAAAAGAUCAAAGCACAAAGACUUCGUGGUGUUGAUACAAGCGAUGCAAAUCAAGCAGGAUUGGAUGAUGACAAGAAUAUCAUGGAUAAUUUAUUGGAUAAACUGAGGGCUGGUGAAUUAGAUACUAGUAUUAAGAGAACAAGAAAUAACGAAAGGUCGUCUACCUUUCGUGAGAAACGAAUGCAAAAGAGCGAAUCUGUAGCUAUUUUGGCAGAAGAUUUGCUAAAGAGUAUCCAGUCUGAUACAGACGCUGCUUUAUCUGAUUCCCCACCUUUACCAAGAAAUCAUUUAAAUGCUGGUAAAAGAAAUAACGGACCUCGUCUAGAACUAGUAGAGGAGGUUCAAACUGCUUAAAUUUAUCUUGUAUACAUAUUUUAUUAUAUAGCUAAAUAUAUCAAAAGACAUCUGUCUUUGUUUUCAAGGAUAAUUAAUUAGAAAAAAUAAAAAAUUGUCAGUGCUGUUCUUUGAUUUA